CCUUUUCCUGUUGUUUUCAUCAUGGCGGACAAAGACAAAAAGAAGAAUGUUAUGAGAGAUCUUAGGAUCGUCAAGCUCUGUCUUAAUAUUUGUGUUGGUGAGUCUGGUGAUCGACUUACCCGUGCCGCCAAGGUGCUUGAACAGCUUACUGGUCAAACCCCAGUGCUCUCAAAAGCACGUUAUACCGUCAGGUCCUUCGGUAUCAGAAGAAAUGAAACUAUUGCUGUACACUGUACUGUCCGAGGAGCUAAGGCAGAAGAGAUUUUAGAAAAAGGUUUGAAGGUUAGAGAAUACGAGUUGAGGAAAAAUAACUUUUCCCAAACUGGAAACUUUGGUUUUGGUAUUCAAGAACACAUUGAUUUAGGAAUUAAGUAUGAUCCUGGAAUUGGUAUCUAUGGUAUGGAUUUCUACAUUGUGCUCGGAAGAGCAGGUUUCAACAUCUCACAAAGACGCCGAAGAAAGAGCAAGAUUGGACCUAACCAUAAAGUUUAUAAAGAGGAAUCAAUGAAAUGGUUCCAACAAAAGUAUGAUGGAAUUAUCCUGCCUGGAAAAUAAAGGACUAAAAAUUAAAAAAAAAUAAAACCUGGCUGUGAUCAGGAUAUUUCUUGUCA